AUGGCCAUCCAACAGCUGGGUGGUGGGGGGCCGGAAGCUGCCCAGCUGCUGGCCCAGAGGCGGAGCGGGCCCUGUGAGGACCGGAAGCAGACGCUGCUGACGCUGCUGGUCCUGCUGCUGUACCUGGGCACAGGAAUUUCAGGAAGAAGCUGGGAGAUGUCGGAAGGGAUCCAGGAGUGCAGCUACCCGCAGAGUGCAGCGGCUUCCCAGGGGCUGGAGUACCAGAGCCUGGAGCCCUGGAACACCCCCGUCAAGGCCCUGCGGAGCUGGAUGAAGAACAGCGUGCACGCGUUCCUGGAGAAGCUGGAGGCGGACGUGCGGGAGCUGGAGCAGCUGGUGCGGGAGCUGGAGUUUUGGCUGGACGCCCUCCUGGGGGAGCCCCACGCGGAUGGCCCCUGUCUGCCGCACAGGAGCCAGGUGAACAUCAAAGACACAUUCAGGCUCCCGUGGGUCCCUGAUGUGAGGAAAGCCGGGGUCGGGUGGGGAGCGGGGCCCUGGCACGUCUCUCGGGAGACGCCGCCUGUGGCCGCGGAGAAAAACGCCGGCCGCCCCCAGGAAAGCUGUGGGAAAGGCUACGCAAAUCAGAGCAUCACAAAGCAGCGAGAGACACAGAUAUUUGCUGCUGCCAUUGACAGUGUUACUAUACGCACAUUGAAAACUCUGGAAGGGCCACGUGCCGGUGUGGCUGAGAUCUGGAGGAUUGAUGUUGCAGCCCAUGAGACCAGUGGAGUUGUUAUGUCCGUGCCAAUUACUAAAGUGCUGAACCCCCUGGAAAAUCAUGAGGACACAAAUUAA